AUGCCUACUCUCGUUGGAAAAGAGGUCGGCCCUACCGGCUAUGGCACUAUGAGAAUGACCUGGCAGGCCCAGCCACCAAGCCAGGAAGUCUGCUUUGAGACUCUUAACAAGACUCUGGAGCUUGGUGCCAACUUCUGGAACGGUGGUGAGCUGUACGGCACACCCGAGUACAACUCCUUGCACCUGCUGAACAAGUAUUUCACCCAAUACCCCGAGAAUGCAGACAAGGUCGUUCUCAGCAUCAAGGGUGGACUGAAGCCCGGCCAGCUGAUUCCGGAUGGCUCGGAAGCGAAUAUUCGUCGCAGCGUUGACGAGACUCUGCGCUUGUUGGAUGGGAAGAAGAAGCUUGACAUUUUCGAACUUGCUCGACAAGAUUCUGCCUUCCCCGUUGAGCACACUAUGGAGGUGCUUGCGCAGUAUGUGAAGGAGGGCAAGAUUGGUGGCAUUGGCUUGAGUGAAGUGGAUGCGGCGACUAUCCGGAGAGCACACAAGGUCCAUCCCAUUGCCGCCGUCGAGGUGGAGCUGUCGCUCUGGUCGACCGACAUCCUGGAGAACGACAUUGCAAAGACCUGUGCUGAGCUUAAUAUCCCCGUCGUUGCCUACUCGCCUCUUGGCCGCGGUGUCUUGACAGGUGCAGUGACCUCGCUGGAGGAUAUUCCCCAAGGUGACAUCCGCCGACACAUGUCACGCUUCCAAGAGGAGAACUUCCAGCAGAAUCUGAAGCUCAUCAACGAGGUCAACAGCCUGGCUUCUCGCAAGAACGUUGCUCCUUCUCAGAUUGCCCUGGCCUGGAUUCGCACUCUUAGCGGCCAGCCUGGCAUGCCCACCAUUAUUCCAAUUCCCGGCGGCACCACUGUUGACAAGCUGGUUCAGAACAUGACUGGAGUCGACAAGCUCACGGAUGAGGAGAUGGCUGAAAUCGAUGCCAUCUUGAAGCAGCACACGGUCGCUGGACCACGGUAUUAA